CCUGUGGCUGAAUUGUCUCUGCUCCAUGUGAAAGGUUUAUCUUCUGACACUGCUCCUCUAGUUAGUCAACCUUUCGUUCAGUGAGAGAUCCCACAACCGUGUGCGACAUUCCCAUUACCAGCAUCUAUAAAGACCCCUUGCUUGUGUGGUUCACAUCUUUCCUGCUGUUCCCUGUUGUCGCCAUGGCCAUGCUAAGAGUGUCUUCAUACCGUAAGCUGUUUGAGGAUCAGAAGUGGAACCAGGCUACAGGGCGAUGUGGAGUCCAGGCCCGCUCUGAUGUCAGGGCUGGCGUUUCAUUGAGCGAAUGCUCCGGGCCAGAUUUUGCUGCAUUUCGAACUCUAAACAAGGAGGGUGCGGCCCGAUUUGUCAGCGAGCGCUCCGUCAUCGCCGCCCUUAAUGAUCGCCUGGCUGUCCUUAUCGAUGUGGUUCGGAGUUUUGAGGAGGAGAAUGAAUGUCUGGAAGCUCAGAUCAUCAGGCUUGAGAAGAGACUGGAAUCAGAGCCGAGGUCCACCGCUGUCUGCAUCAGAGGCCCCGGAGACUACAGUUUGGAGGCUGUGAUAGAGAGACUACGCAAAGAAAAGGAGGUGAUUUUACAUGACACAGAGGAGUUGACGGGCGAGCUGCAGUGUCUGCAGAUGAAAUAUGAUGAGGUUGUUGAGCAAAGGACUCUCCUCCAGCUUGAACAGGAAGAUGUCUCAUUGGAGGUGGAUGCAAUUACCACUGACUGCCUGGCCCUUCAAGAGCAAGUGGCCAUCUAUGAGGAGCAGCUGGACGCUAUGGAGAGGCAGCACAAAUUGAGGGUGGAGAACCUGAGUGAGCCCAGGACUCGAGAUGAAAGUUUUCCUAUUGUAUCUCUGCAAUUUCCCUCUGUUGAUAUCACUCCUGCUAUCGUGGACAUUAAGGAGUACUACAGUGAGCUGGCCAAGAGCUUAAAGUUUGAAUCCAGAACCUCGAGUGCCAUGACCAUUGGUGCUGUAGGAAAGGAGAAACAGUUGGCUAAGCUGACUGGAGGACAAGUAAAGGAUGUCUCCAAAGAGAUGGACGUCAAUGCUCUUAAGGACCUGAUUGCAGAGCUGCAGAAAGAGGUGGCUGAGCUUGAGAUGUGUGGGGAAGAGCUGGAGGCUGAAAUCGAGACCAAGAGAGCCAAAUACCUGGAGGAAAUAGACGAGUUAGAGAGUUACAUUUUUCAGCUUGAGGAGGAAGAGGCUGAUCUGCAUCUCCAGAUGAAGGAGCAGAGUGCAGACAAUGAAGAGCUGCUUAAACAGAAGAUGGCUCUGGACAUAGAGAUUGCUGCUUACAGGGGAUUGGUGGUGGAAGAAGAGGAGAGACUGAGCUGCCUGUAAGAUCUAAGAGAAGAAGUGAGAGAAUGCUCACCUUUAGACUGAAGCCAACAUAAAGAAACACUAAAACCAACAUACAGUUCAACCCUUAACCAUAAGCCACACAAAUCAGAAAAGAAAACAGCUGUUGGACACACUUAACCCUCUGAGCAGAUGUAAACCUUCACUGACAGACAAACAUCUGGGAGUUUGUGCAAGCUCAUUGAUAACGGGUCACCAAUGGGUAACCGGAGGUCUUCAAGCAUCAGCCCUGUUUUGCAUAAAAGAGCGUUGGAAAUGUAUAAAUUCCACAUCUACAUUGGGUUUCAUUUUGCUUAUAGGCCUGUCAAUGAUACACAUGCAUACAUAAACACACAUUAACUCUCCUUUCUCAAUCUGACCGUUCAUUCUCUGAGUCUUAUCACUCUGCAAAUACAAGCUGAUGAUACACUUUUUACCUUCAACAUUUCAUGUGCCAUCCAAGAGCUCUCAGUUACAGAUAAGCACAAAUUUCCAAACAAUUGUUUUACUUUAUUUUCAUUGACUUCUCAUUUAGCUUUUUGCAAACUUUCUUUCUUAAUUUUUUCUUCAACAGUUUGACUGUGCUUACUGACUCUUGUUGUCUCUUCUAUGCAACCAAUAAAUCUUUGCCUUUUGAAAUCA